UUUACAGGGACUAUGGUGUUUAUUUUGUUUAUGGCUCUGCUCCUAUCAGAGGUUUGCUGUGAAAUGAAUCUAAACAAAUAUUGGACAUCCUGGAAAAUGCAAUUCAAUAAAAAAUACAUCAGCACAGGAGAAGAAGUGUUCAGGAGAUCUGUUUGGCAGCAUAAUGUUGUGGAAGUGAUGAGACACAAUAAGGGCCAUCACAGCUUCACUAUGGGACCCAAUCACCUGUCAGACAUGACAGAAGAAGAAAUUAAUGCUAAGCUGAAUGGUCUGAGGAUGGAAAAUGUUUCCCUGGAUAAUAAUGAGAACUUCCCAGUACUAAAUGACUCCCCUGUCCCUGACAACCUGGACUGGACUGAGAAGGGCCUCGUCAGCCCUGUGCAAAACCAGGGUAUGUGCGGGUCAUGCUGGGCAUUCAGUGCAAUUGGAGCUUUAGAGGCUCAGAUGAUGAAGAAGACGGGUUUUCUGGUUCCUCUGAGUGCUCAGAACCUGGUUGACUGCAGUGUAAAGGAGGGAAACCAUGGCUGUAGAGGAGGAUUCAUGACUAAAGCUUUCACUUACAUUAUACACAACAAAGGAAUCGAUUCAGAUGCCUUCUACCCUUAUCAACACAAGGAGGGGUUGUGUCGUUAUUCUCCAAAAGGCAGAGCUGCAUCCUGUUCUGGUUUCUGGAUUUUUCCUCACAUUAAUGAAUCUGUGCUGCUGAACAUAGUGACUCAGAUUGGACCUGUUUCUGUUGGAAUUAACGCUCAUCUGGCCUCAUUUCACAGAUACAGGAGUGGGAUUUAUAACGAUCCCCUGUGUGAUCCUCGGACAGUGAAUCAUGCUGUUCUGGUGGUUGGAUAUGGAAACAAAGGAGGACAGGAUUACUGGCUGGUCAAAAACAGUUGGGGUACAGCGUGGGGAGAGAAGGGUUAUGUCCGUAUGGCAAGAAACAGAAAUCAAUGUGGAAUCGCUAAUUUUGCUAUUUUCCCAAAAGUCUGAACUUUGAGCUGAAUUUUUACCUUUUUUGCCUUCAUCACUCUCUCUAAUAAAGUUCUUUAGUUUGUCCACUGGAGAUGAGAUGGAAAAGCAGUAUAUUUUUUUUUACAAGAGAAAGAAAACAUUUUCAUUUAAACUUGUACCUUUAUUGUUUUUUCAUCAUUUAUUAUCAGCUAUAAACAUGUACCAUAAGCAGGCAUUAUUUUAAAUUUGUUAUUUAUCUUAUUAGAAGAAAAAAGAUUUACACAAAUACAAGGUUUCUGAUUCUAUUUGGAUCAAUUUUGUGACAAAACAAAAGCACAUUCAAACAAACAGACGUCACUAAAGUAUUUAAAGAGAACAAUGUCUAAUCUGAAGGACUUGAGUCAGAAUCCACUGUCAUCAUGAGUUUAAAAGUGCAAUACAGAGCAGCAUUACAAGCUAACAUUGCUAAUCGUAAGUGUUUUAUAAACACUUGUGUGUGUGCGCAUUGGACUUUAGUGGGCUUUUGUCUGUAGUGGAUUUGUAAUGUUGUGUGUUUGUCAGCUCUAAAGUAAAAAACAUCUGAUGACCUAAA